GUAUGGCCUCACAUGUGCAAGUUUUCUCCCCUCACACCCUUCAAUCAAGUGCCUUCUGUAGUGUGAAGAAAUUGAAAGUAGAGCCGAGUUCCAACUGGGACAUGACUGGGUACGGCUCCCACAGCAAAGUGUAUAGCCAGAGCAAGAACGUGCCACCUUCUCAGCCAGCCACCACAACCGUCAGCACCUCCUUGCCCAUCCCGAACCCAAGCCUACCUUACGAGCAGACCAUCAUCUUCCCAGGAAGCACCGGGCACAUAGUGGUCACAUCAGCAAGCAGCACUUCUGUCACUGGGCAAGUCCUCGGCGGACCACAUAACCUAAUGCGUCGAAGCACUGUGAGCCUCCUUGACACCUACCAAAAAUGCGGACUCAAGCGUAAGAGUGAGGAGAUUGAGAACACAAGCAGCGUGCAGAUCAUCGAAGAGCAUCCACCCAUGAUUCAGAAUAAUGCCAGCGGGGCCACUGUAGCCACUGCCACCACUUCGACUGCCACCUCCAAAAACAGUGGCUCCAACAGUGAAGGCGACUAUCAGCUGGUCCAGCAUGAGGUGCUGUGCUCCAUGACCAACACGUACGAAGUUUUAGAGUUCCUGGGCCGAGGGACGUUUGGGCAAGUGGUCAAGUGCUGGAAACGGGGCACCAAUGAAAUUGUGGCCAUCAAGAUCCUAAAGAACCACCCGUCCUAUGCCCGGCAAGGUCAGAUCGAAGUGAGCAUCCUGGCCCGCCUGAGCACAGAGAGUGCUGACGACUACAACUUUGUCCGGGCCUACGAGUGCUUCCAGCACAAGAAUCACACGUGCUUGGUCUUUGAGAUGCUGGAGCAGAACCUCUAUGACUUUCUGAAGCAGAACAAGUUUAGUCCCUUGCCCCUCAAGUACAUUCGCCCAGUCCUCCAGCAGGUGGCCACAGCCCUGAUGAAGCUAAAGAGCCUGGGUCUUAUCCAUGCAGACCUCAAACCAGAAAACAUCAUGCUGGUGGAUCCGUCCAGACAACCAUACCGAGUGAAGGUCAUCGACUUUGGGUCAGCCAGUCACGUGUCCAAGGCCGUGUGUUCCACCUACUUGCAGUCCAGAUACUACAGGGCCCCUGAGAUCAUCCUUGGUUUACCAUUCUGUGAGGCGAUUGACAUGUGGUCCCUGGGCUGCGUCAUCGCGGAGCUGUUCCUGGGCUGGCCGCUCUACCCAGGCGCCUCAGAGUACGACCAGAUUCGGUAUAUUUCACAAACACAGGGUUUGCCAGCUGAAUAUUUAUUAAGCGCAGGGACAAAGACAACUAGGUUUUUCAACCGUGACACGGACUCACCGUAUCCUUUGUGGAGGCUGAAGACACCAGAUGACCAUGAAGCAGAGACGGGGAUUAAGUCAAAAGAAGCAAGAAAGUACAUUUUCAACUGUUUAGAUGACAUGGCCCAGGUGAACAUGACCACAGACUUGGAAGGGAGUGACAUGCUGGUGGAAAAGGCAGACCGGCGGGAGUUCAUCGACCUGUUAAAGAAGAUGCUGACCAUCGAUGCUGAUAAGAGAAUCACUCCGAUCGAAACCCUGAACCACCCCUUUGUCACCAUGACACACUUACUCGACUUUCCUCAUAGCACACACGUCAAAUCAUGUUUCCAGAACAUGGAGAUUUGCAAGCGUCGGGUGAAUAUGUAUGACACCGUGAACCAGAGCAAAACCCCUUUCAUCACUCACGUGGCCCCCAGCACAUCCACCAACCUGACCAUGACCUUCAACAACCAGCUGAACACUGUCCACAACCAGGCUCCCACCUCCACCAGUGCCACUAUUUCCUUAGCCAAUCCCGAGGUCUCCAUACUAAACUACCAAUCUGCACUCUACCAGCCCUCAGCGGCAUCCAUGGCUGCGGUGGCCCAGCGGAGCAUGCCCCUGCAGGCGGGAACAGCCCAGAUUUGUGCCCGGCCGGACCCCUUCCAGCAAGCUCUCAUCGUGUGUCCUCCCGGCUUCCAAGGGCUGCAGGCCUCUCCCUCGAAGCAUGCUGGCUAUUCCGUGCGAAUGGAAAAUGCUGUUCCCAUCGUCACUCAAGCCCCAGGAGCUCAGCCUCUUCAGAUCCAACCAGGUCUGCUUGCCCAGCAGGCCUGGCCCAGUGGGACCCAGCAGAUCCUGCUUCCCCCGGCGUGGCAGCAGCUGACUGGAGUGGCCACCCACACAUCAGUGCAGCAUGCGACUGUGAUUCCUGAGACCAUGGCAGGCACCCAGCAGUUGGCCGACUGGAGGAACACACACGCUCACGGCAGCCAUUAUAAUCCCAUCAUGCAGCAGCCCGCGCUCUUGACUGGUCAUGUGACCCUCCCAGCAGCCCAGCCCUUAAAUGUGGGCGUGGCCCACGUGAUGCGGCAGCAGCCAACCAGCACCACCUCCUCCCGGAAGAGCAAGCAGCACCAGUCCUCUGCGAGAAACGUCUCCACCUGUGAGGUGUCCUCCUCUCAGGCCCUCAGCUCCCCUCAGCGGUCCAAGCGCGUCAAGGAGAACACGCCGCCCCGCUGCGCCCUGGUGCACAGCAGCCCGGCCUGCAGCUCCUCUGUCACAUGCGGCUGGGGCGACGGCGCCUCCAGCACCACCAGGGAGAGGCAGCGGCAGACCAUUGUCAUUCCAGACACCCCCAGCCCCACGGUCAGCGUCAUCACCAUCAGCAGCGACACGGACGAGGAGGAGGAACAGAAGCACGCUCCCACCAGCACUGUCUCCAAGCAGAGGAAAAACGUCAUCAGCUGUGUCACAGUCCACGACUCUCCGUACUCCGACUCCUCCAGCAACACCAGCCCCUACUCCGUGCAGCACCGCACCGGGCACAACACCAACGCCUUCGACACCAAGGGGAGCCUGGAGAGCCACUGCACUGGGAACCCCCGGACCAUCAUCGUGCCCCCCCUGAAGACCCAGGCCAGCGACGUGCUGGUGGAAUGUGACAGCCUGGUGCCAGUCAACACCAGUCACCACUCGUCCUCCUACAAGUCCAAGUCCUCCAGCAACGUGACCUCCACCAGCGGCCACUCUUCAGGGAGCUCGUCGGGAGCCGUCGCCUUCCGGCAGCAGCGGCCGGGGCCACAUUUCCAGCAGCAACAGCCGCUCAACCUCAGCCAGGUAAGCCCAGCGCUUCUCACUGCCCCUCCAGUGGGGGCAGGAGGUGCCCUGACCGAACACUGGUGUUUGCUUUCCUCCGAGGGUCACCCUUGGGGAAGCUGGUACCACUGGUUCAGGGAGAGCUGGCCGGAAGCAGGGCGACCUGUUUAUUUGCAUGAAUCCCUGGCCUCCCAAGGCUCAGCACGCCACACCGUGCAGCACACUGCCUACCCGGCCAGCAUCGUCCACCAGGUCCCCGUGAGCAUGGGCCCCCGGGUCCUGCCCUCGCCCACCAUCCACCCGAGUCAGUAUCCAGCCCAGUUUGCCCACCAGACCUACAUCAGCGCCUCUCCAGCCUCCACCGUCUACACUGGAUACCCACUGAGCCCCGCCAAGGUCAACCAGUACCCGUACAUAUAGACACUGGGAGGGGGCACGGGCGAGGGCAGGAGCUGGGCGUCUGGCACUGAAGACGCCGCACAGCAGCAGUACAAGGGGCGGGGCGGGGACACUGCUGACACUUGAACUAGGAAGUGGGAGGACUGAGCAGAGAAGAGAACAUUUUUAAAAAGAAGGGAUUCAGGAGGGGAUCUAUGCUUUUUAUUUUAAAAAGAAAAAGAAAAAAAAGAAAACGUCGGUAACAAAAACACAGCUCAUGAACCCAUUCUGCACCAAACUGGAAAGGAGAAGAGAGAGCGAUGGAAGAUUCCGGAAGGGGGGCCAGUUUCUGAAGAACUUUGUCUAUGAACUUUUCAGAGGUUAUUUUCAUAUGGCAGCAAGUGACAUUUAAGAAUUUGCUGUCAGGGACACCUGAUAUGGAAAUCCAAUAGGUUUUUCAUGGUUGAACAUGAGGAUUAGGGAUUUUUCCAGAACUCUGAAGGGUCAACAGCCCUAGAGGUCAGGCUGCUGUGGCCUGAUGUGGGGGGUUGGGCUGUUCAGGCUCCUUGCGGGGAAGGGGGUGGCCAGGCCCAGGAAGCCCUCCCCGAAGGGCACAUGUUCUCUUUCCGAGCACUCUGGAUAAAUCCCUAAGGAAGUUACUCCUCAAAUGUCAUUCAUAAUGUUUGUUCCAAACUUUAGUUUUUUCUUUCUGAAGAUUUAUUUUCUCUUUGAAUCAAUCCCUAGUCGCAUUGCAGGGCUGGCAGGCGUUGCCGACACCCGGUGGAAUGUAGCAUUCUGCACCCGUUUCCGCUUUGUGUUCAACUUCCGUGAUACCAAGAGACUAUCCUCAGUGUAACUGCACACAAGUGAUAGGGCACAGGCAUGUAACCAACGCGGUGGCCCAGGCGUGAGCGCAAGCACGCCUGUGCGUCCUGGGCGCGGCCAGGCUCCCUCCUGACUUGACAUCAUUCCCUCCUAGUGCCUUACGGAACCAGAGCGCGAGGGUUUCCUUCCACGGUCCUCCGAGCAGCUGGCGGGCGAGUCAGAGCAUCUCGGCACUUUUGUGCUGUUGAAACAUUUUACUCUGGUCUUUCCUCUUCUUGUUUUUAAAUUUUAAUUUAAUCUAAUUUUAGUA